CUCCCCGCGAAUUGUCUGCCGCCGGUGAACAUGUACAAUGGAGUUCACUGCCCGCUUCGUCCAUCAUGGAGUUGAGUUUCGUGACACGACCGCGCGAACUGCAUCUAAACUUGCCAAUUGCGCCCAUUCUGCACGAGGCUGCUACAUUCGGCGCGGGUAAGGCUCUGCACAUCUCUGCUCCCGACCGUUUGCGAUUGAUUUGGGCCUGGGCAGGCAUACGCUGUCCGGCAUCUGCAUGGCUUCCUCUAGCCACACCUCGGGACCAUGCCGACUCUCCCAUGGACUAUCAUGGACCUUGGACCAUGACCUCCACCAUCAACACCACCACCACCACCACCCACACACCCACCAUCGUUGGUGGUCAGAUCAUCGUGGGCGGCGGUGCCACCCUAGCCCUGGCCCUGUCAGCCAUGCAGAACUCCCCCCCUGCCGCGCUAUCUGCUCAGCUGAAACGAGCAAAUGCAUUUGCUGCAUUUUGCUGCAUCCAUCCAAGUGGAUCACCAUGCCGGGGUUAG